CUCCCUCGCAUCACAUUCCAAGACUCGUAGAAAAGUGGGUAUUAGCUGCAUAAUCAUCAUGAAUAUGAGAAAGAAAAUUUUGCGCCUAAUUGUGAAAGUAUUUCUUAAUGACUGGCUACUCCGUGUAUUCAUUUUAGUCAGCCUCUUCUCACAAAUACAGCUCCUCCUCCUGGGCAACAGGAGAAAAUAUACACCAGGAAACUGGCUUAGAUCCAUCAUUUGGCAAGCUUACGCAACAAAAGAUGCGAUAAUUGAUAUUUCUAUUGGCGCGCUCUUCAAGUGGCAAGGAACCAGUGAAGAUAACUCAUCACAACAAAACGACUUGAUAAAGGCAUUUUGGCUACCAUUUCUGCUACAGCACCUUGGAGGCCCGGACACCAUCACAGCCUAUUCUUUGGAAGACAAUGAAUUGUGGAAAAGACAAUUCAUUCAGCUACUCUUGAAGUUUGUGUGGGCAUCGAGCAUCUUUUUAAGGUCCUGGAAGAGCAGACCACUCAAUAUUAUAACCAUUCCAAUGUUUGUGACAGGACUGAUCAAGUACGGGGAGAAAACUUGGUUUCUAAGGUCCGCAAGCUCCAAUCAUUUUAGAAAAACCAAGAUCCGUCAUGAGGAGAAUAGUGAUACGGAGACCAUUCAUACGGAGCCCAGAGAUGAGGAGUCCAGCGAUGAGGAGCCCAGCUGUGCGUGUGAGUGUUAUGCCGCAUUCAUGGCAGAGUAUGAUGGGGUCAGUUAUGCCGCAUUCAUGACAGGGUGUGAUUGCAAGAAAGCUGAGGUGGAGAAUACACCUUCGCCAGACCCCAGAAAUGAAAGUAUCCUAGUUGCAGCCCCUUUGCAAAAGGCUAUUGAAUUCUUCCCCAAGUUCAAGCGUUUAUUUACAGAUGUCGUCCUUAAGCCGACAUAUCUUGAACAAAGCAAGUCCUUCUUCAAUAAUAUAUCUUGGAAACAAGCUUUCGAAGUGAUUGAGAUUGAGCUUGGGUUCAUUUAUGACAUCUUCUAUACCAAGCCAAUGAAGGUUUCUGAUGAAUGGGGUUUGGUACGCCGUUUCAUCUGUCUAUUUUCAGAAAUCUCAACAUUCAUCGGCUUCAUGAAAAUUGACGGGCAUGAGUGCUCAACUACUGACGUGAUUAUAACAUGGUUGUUGCUGGUUGGAGCAAUUGUUGAGGAGAUUUAUUCUAUUAUUCUACUGUGUUCCUCUGACAGGACCAUGAAUUGGUUGAACAAGCAAGGAAAAACACGAGUGACUCGGAUCUGCAAAGCCAUAUCGAGUUGCCGACUACCUUAUCUCUUCCCUGCAAACAAGAGAUGGUCUGAUUCCAUGGCACGGUACAAUCUAAUAAGUUACAGCCUCAAAAAUUUGCCUAUCAAGUUCAGUGAGGUCUGGAAGUUCUUUUGCAUUCCUCGGAUGUUGGAUGAAUGUUCUUCUAAGAAUUCAGAUGUCCCCAAAUAUUUGAAAAAAUUGAUCUUUGAACAGCUUCAGGAGAAAUCAAGGCAUGCCCCAGGCAUUAAGGAAGCCAAGGAAUUAUGUGCUGACAGAGGAAAACGGACGCUAGAAGAGAUGAAAUGUUUCUGUACGUUACGCUGGAGCAUUGAGGGAGAAUUCGAUGCGUGCAUUCUCCUCUGGCACGUGGCAACUGAUCUCUGCUACUAUACUGAUCUAAACAAAAAAUCAAGCCCUACCGAGAACUCAAACCGUGAAGCAAGCAAGCUGCUAUCAGAUUAUAUGGUGUAUCUUCUGGUCAAGCACCCCGUUAUGUUGCCUGAUGGAAUUGGACAAAUCCGAUUUCAAGACAGCUGUGCUAAGGCCACGGAGAUUUUUAAGUGUGUAAAAGAUAGAAUCCAAGCUUGUGAAAGGUUACUUCUUCAAGUGAACACUGAAAUUCCACCAUUGAAAGUGAAAGGAGAAAGAAGCAAGUCAGUGUUAUCCGAUGCCUGCAGGCUGGCCAAGUCUUUGCAAUCCCUGGAGAAAAAAGAGGAAUGGAACUGUGAAAAGAAGUGGGAGAUGAUGAGUCGUGUGUGGGUAGAGAUGCUAUGUUAUGCUUCAUGUCACUGUCCACCGAAUCGCCAUGCUGAGGAGCUAAAGAAUGGUGGAGAGCUGCUUACUCAUGUCUGGCUUCUGAUGGCUCAUUUUGGUAUUACUGAACAUGUAUACCUGGAUUAGGCUGGUUGUGAAUUAGAAAUGCUGAUGACAAAGAGAUUGGGUGGAUUUUCUCCAUUUCCAUAGAAAUUCCUUUUUUCUCAAAAAUGGUUUUCAAUCCUUUCAUUCAAA